AACGGCGUCCCAACGGCGUCUGGCGGGCGGGAAAGUGUAAACCGCUGGGCGGGGACUGCUUCUAGGGUUAAGCUGAACCGCUGUAUCCGUCUUGAAUCUUCGCAUCCCUGCGGUCUCCGGACUCAGGCUCAUCGCAGCCUUACCCUCUGGGGCUCUGAGCCUCGAAUCUCGGCUUCCUCAUCUGUCCAUCCCUCAGGAAGUAAUUAAAGUACAGAAGACUGUGGUCAAAAUGGUUUCCAAAAGAAGACUGUCAAAAUCUGAGGAUAAAGAGGCAUCCACUGAAGAGGCCUCCAGGGCCAAGAAGCAACAGCUUUCCAAAAAGAUAAAGAAAUCUGCUUCUAAUGAAGGUGAAGAAAAUGACAAUGUCUUUGUAAAGCUUCUUAAGACAUCAGGACUUAUUCUUAAAACUGGAGAGAAUCAGAAUCAGCUAGCUGUGGAUCAAAUAGUUUUCCAAAAGAAGCUCUUUCAGUCCCUGAGGAAACAUCCUUCUUAUCCUAAAGUAAUAGAAGAAUUUGUCAGUGGCCUGGAGUCUCACAUUGAAGACCAUGACACUUUCAGGAACUGCCUCUUGUCUUGUGAACGCCUGCAGGAUGAGGAAUCUAGCAUGGGCACAUCUUACUCUAAAAGCCUCAUCAAACUGCUACUGGGGAUUGACAUAUUACAGCCUGCCAUUGUUAAAACCUUAUUUGAAAAGCUGCCAGAAUUUCUUUUUGUAAAUGUGAACAGUGAUGGCAUCAACAUGCCACGGCUCAUUAUCAGUCAACUCAAAUGGCUUGACAGAGUUGUGGACUGCAAGGAUCUCACCACCAAGAUUAUGCAGCUGAUCCAUGUUUCUCCAGAGUGCUUGCAGCAUGACUUCAUCACCAGCCUGCCUGAGAUCCUUGGGGAUUCCCAGCAUGCCGCUGUGGGGAAAGAUCUCAGUAACCUAUUGGUGGAGAGUACUGGACUCACUGUCCCAAUUCUGGAUGUCCUUUCCAGCCUCCAGCUUGACCCGGACUUCCUGUCUGAGGUCCGCCAGUUAGCAAUGGGUAAGCUGGAAUCAAUCAGACUGGAUGAUUUGCCUGUGAUAAUCAAGUUCAUUCUUCAUUCCAUAACAUCCACUAAUGCAUUUGAGGUAAUUUCUGAGCUUCGAGGAAAGUUGGAUCUGCAGCAUUUUAUUUUGCCGUCAGUGUUACAUGCUUCGCAAGUUAAGUUGAAAAGAAAAGGAGGAACAAGUUCUUCAGGAAAUCAAGAAAGUAGCCAUCCAGACUAUGUUACUCUCAUCUUUGAUGUAAUAAAGUCAGCUGUUAGAUAUGAGAAAAACAUUUCAGAAGCCUGGAUUAAGGCAAUUGAAAGCACUGUCUCGGGGUCUGAUCAUACGACUUUUGAUGUGGUGAUGCUUUUCAUCAUCUAUAGCACCAACACUCAUACAAAGAAAUACAUCGAGAAGGUGCUGAGAAGUAAGAUUCGCUCGGGCUGCUUUGAUCAGCAGCUGCUGGAGGGGACCUUCUGUGUCCACUUCAUGGUGCUUGAGGAUAUUUGUCCAUCUAUUCUGUUGUUGGCUCAGAGUUUGUUUCACUCCCAAGAUGAGAGUAUAACUUCAUUUGGCAGUCUGCUCUACAAAUACUCAUUUAGGAUUUUUGACACUUAUUGCCAGCAGGAAGUAGUUGGUGCUCUCGUGACUCAUGUCUGCAGUGGGAAUGAAGCAGAAGUUGAUGCUGCAUUGGAUGUCUUCCUGGAGUUGACGAUACUAGACCCGCCUGCAAUGAGGCUGAAUGCCGUCUUUGUGAAGGGCCUUUUAGAUUACCUGGAUAAUAUGUCUCCUCAGCAAAUCCGAAAACUCUUCCAUAUUCUCAGCACACUGGCAUUUAGUGAACAGCACGAAGCCAGCAGCCACAUCAAGGAUGAUAUGCACUUGGUGAUUCGAAAGCAGCUCUCGAGCACCGUAGUCAAGUACCAACUCAUUGGGAUAAUUGGUGCCGUUGCUAUGGCAGGCCACAUGGCAGCAGACAGAAGUGAGUCUUCUAAUUUGACCCGAGGGAGAGCCAAUCCGAGAAAUGAGCAGGGCACACAGGUGACAUCCUUGCUGCAGCUGGUUCACUCUUCCAGUCAGCAGUCUCCUCAGGCCUCUGCACUGUAUUAUGAUGAAUUCGCCAACCUGAUCCAAGAAGGAAAGAUGGCUCCAAAAACAUUGGAAUGGGUUGGAAAGACCAUCUGUAAUGACUUCCAAGAUGCCUUCGUGGUAGACCUCUGUGAUGUCUCAAAAGGUGAAUUUCCGUUUCCUGUGAAAGCUCUCUACGGACUGGAAGAAUAUAAUACUCAUGAUGGGAUUGCCAUCAAUCUCCUGCCUCUAUUCUUCUCUGAGGAAUCUGUGAAAGAUGGGUAUCAAAUGACUUCACAGGAAUCAGGCAAAAAAUUGGUGUCUCCAUUGUGCCUGGCUCCUUCUUUCCGGUUAUUGAGAUUUUGUAUGACGAGACAACAUAAUGGAAACCUGGAGGAGAUUGAUGGUUUAUUAGAUUGCCCUUUAUUCCUUACUGACCUGGAGCCUGGAGAGAGGCUGGAGUCCAUGCCUGCUAAAGAGCGUUCAUUCAUGUGUUCACUCAUAUUUCUUACUCUCAACUGGUUCCGAGAGGUCAUGAAUGCCUUCUGCCAACAACCAUCACCUGAGAUGAAGGGGAAAGUGCUCACUCGGUUGAAGAACAUUGUGGAGCUGCAGGACAUCCUGGAGAAGUACUUGGCGGUCACUCCAGACUAUGUUCCUCCUCUUGCAAACUUUGACUUGGAGACUUUAGAUGUAAUACCUCAUAGCAGCUCUGCAUCAACAAAAAGCAGAAACAAAGGAAAGAUAAGAGGAAGAAAAAGAAAAGCAGAUGACAGCAAAGCAUCCUCCCCUGACAAACUUUCAAAGGAGGAUAAUUCAGAAUGUGAGCCUGUGCCGUCUGGGAGAAGCCAGCUAGACAAGGAGUUCACAGGGAAGGAAGGAAGGGCAUCAGUAUCACUUCAGAAUUACCAUGCUUUCUUCCGGGAGCUGGACAUUGAGGUCUUCUCUAUUCUGCGCUGUGGACUUGUGACCAAGGUCAUCUUAGAUACUGAAAUGCACACAGAAGCUACAGAAGUUCUGCAACUUGGGCCAUCGGAGCUGCUUUUCUUGCUGGAGGAUCUCUCCCAGAAGUUAGAGAACAUGCUGUUACCGUCUUGUACCAAAAGGAUGCCCUUCCUUAAGAAUAAAGGAAGCCGGAAUGUUGGAUUUUCACAUCUCCAGCAGAGCUGUGCAUCAGAAGUUGUUUAUUGUGUUGUGAAGCUGAUGACCCCACUGUGUAACCAUCUGGAGAAUAUUCACAACUAUUUUCAGUCCUUAGUUCCUGAGGAUCGUGGCAUGGUUGAUGCACCUGGAGAGAAUGCUCAGGAAUACCAAAUAAUGUCUUCCUGUUAUCUGAGGCUCCUGCAGAUUUUUCAUUGGCUUUUUGCUUGGAGUGGCUUUCUUCACAUUGUGAAUCACAGGUUACUGUACUCAGCCCUCCAGGCCCUCAGUAGACGAAUGAAGCAGCUACAGCGUGAUGAGGCCUUGGAGGAGCUUAUCAGCCAGAGCUUCAAUUAUUUGCAGAACUUCCAUCACAGCAUCCCCAGUUUCCAGUGUGGUCUUUACCUCCUCAGAAUUUUGAUGGCCCUUUUGAAGAGAUCAGUAGCUCCUACUCAGAAGAGAGAAAAAAUUGCUUCCUUAGCCAGACAGUUCCUCUGCCGGGAGUGGCCACAGGGUGAGAAAGAAAAGAGCACCCUCUUCAAGGAUCAGCUUCAGGAUUUGCUCUGCAUCUACCUGGAGCACACUGACAGUGUGCUGAAGGCCAUAGAGGAGAUUGCUGGCGUUGGCGUCCCAGAGUUAAUCCACUCUCCAAGACAGGCAUCUUCUUGUACAUUCCCCACACUGACCAGGCACACUUUUGUCAUUUUUUUCCGUGUGAUGAUGGCUAAACUGGAGAAGACAGUGAAAGGUCUUCAGGCUGGCACAGCAGCACAGCCACAGCAGAUUCAUGAAGAGAAGCUCCUCUAUUGGAACAUGGCUGUUCGAGACUUCAGUAUCCUCAUCAACCUGAUAAAAGUAUUCGAUAGUCAUCCUGUGCUGCAUGCAUGUUUGAAGUAUGGACGUCUCUUUGUGGAAGUGUUUCUGAAGCAAUGUAUGCCACUCCUGGACUUCAGUUUUAGAAAACACCGGGAAGAUGUUCUGAGCCUGCUGGAGACCUUCCAGUUGAACACGAGGCUGCUUCAUCAUCUCUGUGGGCAUUCUAAGAUUCACCAGGACACAAGACUCACCAAACAUGUGCCGUUGCUCAAAAAGACACUGGAGCUGCUGGUUUGCAGAGUCAAGGCAAUGCUUGUCCUCAACAAUUGCAGAGAGGCUUUCUGGCUAGGCAACCUCAAAAACCGGGACUUGCAGGGUGAAGAGAUUGUGUCCCAGGAUUCCCAGGGGAGCACAGCAGAAGAGAGUGAGGACGGCAUGACAUCCCAUGUUUCCCAGAGCAACGCUACCAAGGAUGAUGAAGAAGAUGAAGCAAGUGACACAGAACAGGAUCAACAAAGUGAUGAAAGUGAUGACAGCUUAGAUUAGAUCCCAGAGAAGCUGUCAUGCCCUGUGCAUAUUCACCACCCUCCACCUCAUUUAUGUUCAGGAUUUGAUAAGUGCUGUUUCCCUUUCUGCUAGAGGCAGCCUGUUUAUGCUUUAAGAGGGAUUAUUAAUUAACUUCUGGAUUUCACAGAUUUGUGUAACACUACCAGAAUCCCUGGCUCGGGAUUCCAGGGUAGCAGUAUUUGUUGUUUGGCUGAACAUAGCAGUGCUAUGCUGAGUAAGCUCUUCUGUUAUGAUUUUGCACUUUGCAAGUUAGUUUUGGAACUUAUUUUUUUUUUUUGGUACCGGGGAUCAAA